AUGACUCGGCAAAUUAUCCAGACAUCUUUUUCGUGGAGCGGUGGUCGUCGUGUUGCUGCUGAUAAAAAUGUAGCCUACAUUCUACCUAGCGAUCAAGGUGAAGUGGAACGCCUGAGACUCAACCAUGACUUGUGGAACCUUUACAAAUCCGAUAUGCAUGACAAGCUUGAAAAAGGCAUCCGCGUACUUGAUGUUGGUUGUGGCCCUGGAUGGUGGACAUUGGAUAUGGCCAGGUUGUACCCCAACUCCCAAUUUGUUGGCAUUGAUAUGGCAGAUGUCUUUGUCACCGAGAACAUGCCAUCCAACGUUACCUUCAAGAUUAUGAAUGCUGGAUCUGGAUUGGAUUUCGAGCAAGAUUCAUUUGACUUUGUAUUCCAGCGAUUCCUUGUGAUGGGGUUAUCGGUAGAACAAUACGUUCAAUCGGUGCGUGAAAUGAAACGGGUGCUCAAACCUGAUGGUGCUAUUGAAAUCCUUGAAUUGGUCAAUGAAUUCAACAACGCUACCCCUGCCUUCAAAAAUAUCGGUGGUUGGAUCCAUGAAGCGAUGCAAAAGCGAAAUCUAGAUUCGUUUAUUGCUGACAAGGUUUCUGGGUUCCUUGAGGAUGCAGGAUACGUUGAUAUCAAGGAUGUGAAUUACGACGUACCAAUUGGACCAUGGGGUAAGGAUGCAGGUGAAUUGUUUCUCGCAAUCCAGCACUUGGCCUUGCCUGCCGUCAAGGUUAUGGUGACUCAAUUGGUGUCGGUGGCAGAGGAUGAAUACGACAAGACCGUGAAACAAGCGUUUGAUGAAGCGAAUACAGGAAAUGUGUCAACACGAUUUCGUUUGAUAUAUGCCAAAAAGAGCAAUGGCCAAUAA